UUACCAAUUGGCCUCUAAGCUAGACUCAUUCUUAAAUUAACAUUAAACACUAUCAUCAUGGGGCCACAGCUUAUAUUUGGCACGGCAUCGUUCGGGAUGCCUAUGACGGAAUUCCAAGAUUCAGAAACAGUCAAGGGAUUGCUCCGAACACUCGGGGAACUUGGCAUUACCCGGCUAGAUUCGGGGGCCCGGUAUCCUCCGUUGAACCCAGGCCGGUCGGAAGAGUUGAUAGGCGAAGCAAAAGAACUCAGCAGGGAAUUCCUUGUUGAUACUAAGAUUUACACCGACACUGCAACAGAUGGGAGCGGAGACCUAACUGUCGGCGCUAUGGCGAAGUCCGUUGACGGGAGCCUGAAGCGUCUACAAGCUGAUAGUGUGAAUGUGCUUCACAUCCAUAGGGCUGACCCCGCCACUCCGCUUGAAGAGCAAGUUCACAAUUUCAAUGAUCAGAUUACCCAGGGACAUUGCAAAAAGUGGGGCGUGUCUAACGUGUCGCCGCAAGACUUGGAAAGGAUGAUACAGAUUUGCGAGGAGAAUGGUUUGCAGAAGCCUAGCUGUUAUCAGGGAGUUUACAACCUGGUAACGCGUGGUAUGGAAACGAAGUUACUGCCGCUCUUACGUGCUCAUGGCAUCGUAUUCAAUGGUUUCCAGCCUUUAGCCGCUGGCUUCUUAACGGGGAAGGUGGUGAAUAACGAGCAAUCUGGGACUCGAUUUGGGGAAGAACACCCUCUCGGGGCCAUUUCGCGUCGGAUGUUUGGGGGCGAGGAUCUCCUGAACGCAAUGAAAAAGUUCGAUACCGAGGUCAAGGCGCAGGGUUUCACGCCGGCAGAGAUAGCAGUCCGCUGGCUCAUGUAUCACUCCGACUUGGGAGAUGACGAUGGGAUCGUCCUGGGCGCCAGCAAGGUCACACAAAUCAUCGAAACCGUCAAUCUUAUUCGUAGGGGGCCAUUGCCAGAGACAAUACUCUUAUCAGUAGAUGAGCUCUGGGGUAGUGUGAAAGGCACUCGCGGCGAAAUCAUCUAAUUUGGAGAAGUGCCUCUUACAGUGGCUACCUUGAUGGGGGCGGGAGGGGGUAAAAUGUUUAUUUGUGUCUUGCCUGCAUGUAGGUUACCUUCAAUAUGAAGUACCUUAGGUACCUAAGGUAGGUACCUACUAAGGAGGUAGACAUUAUGAAUUCCGUU